AUGCUGCUCCCACCGCUGCUCUGGCUGCUGGGCUGCGGCCUCCUGGCCUCUGCGGUCCUGGCCAGCUACUCCGAGGAUCAGUGCAGCUGGAGAGGGAGUGGCUUGUCCCAGGAGACGAACAGCGUGGAGCAGCUAUCCUUGCACUGUGCUGAGGGCUCCCUGGAGUGGCUGUAUCCAGCAGGUGCCCUUCGCCUUACCCUCUCCCCCCGGCUGCCCCCAGGCAGUGCUGGUGCUGGCCAGAGUCCCAGGCAUAUCACAGCCUGCAUCAAGUCCUCUGGCCCCUUCCGGGGAGCCCAAGUCUACGUGGAGAGAGAUGGACUCCUGGAGCUGCUGUUGGCCGAGGCCCAGGGGCCGCCCAGAGGCCGGUGUGUCAGCUGGCAGCCUCAGGAGAGGGUGGCACUGUUCGUUCAGUCUACCCCACACCGGGACAUCAGUCGCCGAGUAGCUGCCUUCCGCUAUGAACUUCGAGGGGAUUGGCACCUGCACCUUCCCCUGUUCACGCACAACCUUAGCAUGGAAGGGACCUGCCGCCCGUGCAGUGAUGCUGAGGUUCUCAUGGCUGUGUGCACCAGCGAUUUUGUGGUUCGAGGGACUAUCUGUGGAGUGACUCAUGACCAGGAGCUACAGGAGUCAGUGAUCAGCAUCAGCACUCCUCGAAUCCAUCGUCAGAAGUUCCCAUUAUUCCAGCCUGCAGAGUCCUCCAGCCAAGUGUCCGGUACCAUCCGCACCCCUUUGCGCUGUGGCGUCAGGCCUGGGCCUGGCAUCUUCCUCUUCACUGGUUGGAGCCACUUUGGGGAGGCCUGGCUGGGCUGUGCUCCCCGAUACCAGGAUUUCCGCCGCAUGUAUGAGGCAGCCCAGGCCGCUCACCAUAACCCUUGUGAGAUGGCCCUGGAUUAAGGCUGUCUGAAGUUGGGGAGAAGGCAAGAAAGGACCCCACUUAUCCUCCGAUCACUGCUAAAAAGCUAUCAGUACCCAAGACUGUUGCUUCCUUGAACCAUCUCUCCAGAGGUGCUGUGAGAAUAAGGGAUUGCUUUGAUCCUGGCUUUUGUUUUAGGAGUCAGCAAGGUCUUAACAACCAGCCCAUUCCCAGGCAUCUGGUUUGAAAAGUGUUCCAAGCAUGCCUUGGGAGAUGUCAAGUGGGCAUACUCUGGAUGAUUCAUUUUGGUGGGGUGGGGUUUGGCGUAUUGGGCAGGGAAAGUAAAUCUUUUCCAUGGAAGAGACAAGGGAUAAUCCCUUGUACAGACCUCCCCCACCACUACCUGCAACACCGAGGGGGACUGCCCUAGUGGGUAGAUUCCAUCUAAUCUUGCAGAAGGUGCCCCUUGGUGCAAGUGAUCAGAGAGGUCUUAGAGGGGGAAGCUGAACUGGCCCAUCACCCUAACUUCCCCUUGCCAGGUGGACACUGCUGCUAGAGCCCAGGAUAGCCAUCUUGGUGGGCAUCUCACCUUGGAAAUGACUUUUAAUGGGUUGGGUUAGGAAGGGCAGGGCUGGGAGGCAGAAAGGUGGAAGAGGCCCCGGGUGCACUGCAGUUAUCUUGAUACCAAAUGUAUGUGCUGACAGUGGUAUUUGGGGAAACUAAA